GUAAAAUCUGAUAUUCUAAAUUAUUUUUUCAUUUUAAAGACAACUAAUAAUAUUGGUCUAGUAAUUGUAAACUAUCACAAGAUUUCUAAAUUAGUCAUUAGCAUUAUCUUAUCUCAUCUUUAUGUCGUCUCCAUAAUUCAUAAUUAAGAACAGAAUUACCAUGUCAAAUAAAAAUAUAAACGAUGUUUGCGAAAUCUUAGGUGUUGAAUCUGGAAGAUCAAACUCUUCCGAUAAAAAACUUAGUUUGGUUGAAGCUAUAAAUGCUAAAAAAGAAAAGGAGAGAAAAGAGAAAAAAGUUGAGAGAAAGACUUUUAAGGAUACACCAGUUAGUCGAGAACUGUCUGCGCUGGUUGGACAUCAUGUUUCAGUAGCUUUUGAAAGAGCAACUGCUCUAAAAGCGAAACCCAAUCUACAUAAAACUGUGGGCAAAUGGAUAUCAACAAAAUUUAUAAAUCCUGCUAGGAAUGAUGAUUUAAUGUUAAGUCAUUGGGUGAAGGAGAAUACAGAAGAAGAAGCAAUUAAUUUUGCAGAAUAUAAUAAAACAGUAGAGGUUUUAGAGUAUUCAGAAGAAGAAUACGAAAAGUAUUUGAAAGAUCGAGAUUGGGAUAAAGACGAAACUGACUAUCUAUUUGAUUUGUGUCGAAAGUAUGAUAUCAGAUGGACUGUAAUUCACGAUCGUUACGAAUGGAAAGAUAAGAACAGAACAAUGGAGGACUUAAGAGAUCGAUAUUACUCUGUCAAUAAAAAGAUUUAUCAAGUACGACCAGUGACGCCUGGCUUGGCUAGUCAAACCGAUAAAGGCCAAUUGAUUGCAUUAAAUAGUUAUGAUAAAGCUAAAGAAGAAAAAAGGAAACUUAUGUUGCUUAAUUUAUAUUCACGGACAAAAGAACAAAUUGAAGAAGAGGAGGCAUUACAAGAAAUAAGUGAUCGUAUUCAAGCGAACGAAAAGAAAUUCAUUAGGGAAAGAGAGGCUUUGAUGAAACAAUUUACAGUGGAAAUGGUUCAACCAAAACGCAAAAAAUCACUGCUGAGUGGACCCACGACCCCUACAAUAGAAGCCAGUGGUUCGGGUUUUCAUAAUACCGCUGAUAUACCUAAAAAAAAUCGUCGUACAUCGGCAUCAUCUGUUGGCUCUGCUGCAGUUGAAGCCCAUUCACCAAAAGAAGUUCAUACACCAAUCGUAUCGAAGAAAGAAAAACUUAAUCCAGGUGUUUUAGUACGAAGUCAAAAGAUACCUAUACCGAAGCAAGCCUUGUUACUCAAAGUCCACAAAGCUUUACAAGAAUUUGGUUUAGGGCCACGUCCAACUAUGCCGACAGAAAAUGUUUGUUCAAAGUUUACUGAAUUACAGAAAAUGACGCAAAAUUUAUUGGAUCUCAAGAAGCAGGUUGAUAAGCAAGAACACGAACUAAAAAUCAAACGCGCGACACUUCAAAGAGUUUUAUCAUCUUCAGGCGGAGAAAGAGCAGGGGUUAGUGCUCAAGAUGGUGCUUCUACUGAUGGAACUACUGAUACAAGCACCAUUCCAACAAAGAGAGACAACAGAUCACUUCCUAAUACACCUCGAGACGUCAAACGGGCACGAAAAUGAGAAUUUCCAAAUGAUUAAAUCAUUAUUUAUUACUUUAUUUCU